AAAUAGUCAGCAAGAGAAGCAGAACUGUUCCCGUGCUCCUAAGCAAUGAGGCAGUAGCGUGGGUGAGUGCCCUUGUCGCCAAGAGACAUGAAGCUGGAGUAGCCGAAGUCAACAACUUCUUGUUUGCACGGGAGUGACUGUUUAAGGGCAUAUGCAGAUAAGGCUGGCCUUGACAAUGCAUCCAGCAUCCAGUCCACCAAACUCCGUAAACAUGUAGCAACUGCAUCGCAAAUUCUUGCAUUAAAGGAACAUCAGCUUGAAACUCUAGCCAACUUCAUGGGCCACGAUCUGAAGCCACAUCGCGAAUACUACCAGUUGCCAGAUACUGUGCAGCGGGUCACCAAACUAUCCAGACUUUUCCUGAGUUUGGAGAGGGGCAACCUGUCUUCCCAGCAGGGCAAAUCCUUGGACGAUCUGCAUGUAACUGGAGGCUUCACCAGUGAAGAGGACAGCAGCGACAGUGGGGACAGCAGUGACAGCAGUGAAGACUCCUGCGAUGAAUCCGUCGAAAACGGACAGCUUCCUGGUGUUGCUGCUGCAUCUCGAACAAGGGAACCCUCUCCGCCAUCGAGACGAGUGAAGCGGCGUCCCUGGACUACAGCGGAGAAGACAGACGUCCAAGAAGGCCUGCGCAAAUUCUUCCAGUUGAGGAAAGUUCCUGACAAGCUGGACAUCGAAGCAGCUUGCACUGUGGCACUGCAGACCCGUACUUGGAGAAACAUCAAAGACUUUUGUCGCAACACUAUGAAGUUGUAGGCAAAUUAAGUUAGGAUACGCCACACCAGCCAUUCUCUCGAGACAUUAUACCACAUUGAUGCUGAACCCUAUAGUAGUAGGUCAAAACAACCAAAAACCUGUGAGUGUUGUCCUCGGUGUUAUAGGCUGCACUCACAUGGACGAGAAGUCCUCCGUCUGAUAGUUUGGAAAGUAUGCCCUCCAUCUGCAGUGUCUACGUGUACAUGUGUGUGUGCGUGUGGGGGGGGGGGAAUGUUCCCCCGGUCCAUCCCUGUGACUACGCCCCUGGUUUAUGGAUGGAUAGAUGGGUGAGUUAGUACCGCUUAAACUUCCUCAUCCCCGCGACACCGAUACUUGGCGAAUUCAUCAACCAAAAAC